GCGAGUCCAGACAGGUAUAUGUAGUUCACCACACUCUCAAAUCGCUGUGACCAGUUUCAAUCUCUCUCUCUCUCUCUCUUGGAAGAGGAAGUCGACUGAGCGUUUGGCAGUUAUCUUAUUGACUGUAAGGCUUGUUGACCAGCGAUCAGCAGAAAGUACUGGGCUGUAAAUUAUGGAUCCCCGUCAAACACUGCCAUAUGCAGUGCCUCAAGAUCCUUCAAUGGCUUGUGAGAGUCAAACUCUACCACCAGCAAACAUGCUGGAUAUAAUGGCUGGGUACGAGUCCAUACCCACAGGUGGAGAGGAAAUAUAUCUACCUCCCCCUGUUUAUCCAGCAUACAAUCCAGAGGGUGGCCAACCACAGUCUGAUCAGCAAUGGAGCCUUCCCUCCAUCACUGAGGAUGUAGCCAGGCAAGCACUGGUCAAGUAUGCAUCAGAGCAUGUGACCUACAGCACCCGUCCUGCUGAAGAAAUGGUCUUCAAAGAAUUGAAACCAUACAACAUGUACCGGUAUCGCCUUCAGAGCUUCACUGAAUCUCGAUCACCUGAAUGGAAAAGUGAGCCUUAUACCGGUCAGACGAUUGACAGCUCUGGUUUUGGCAACCCUCCGCCACCAUGGGAAGUGCCAGUAGACAUUCCGGAAAUGUUUGAGAAAAAGAAGAAAAAAGUUCAAGUGCCCAACACUGCAUCUGUCAAGGGGUGCCACAGAUGUAUGGCGAUGGGUAAACUCCCAUGCAGUGACUGCCUUCAAACAGGACAGGUGAAAUGCACGAUGUGCGAUGGUAGAGGAUCUAUGUUUGGCAAUGACAGCAGAUGCAAUCUUUGCAUGGGUAAUGGCACAAAAAGUUGUGGAUCCUGCAAUGGACAUGGACAACAGAAAUGUAAAGUGUGCCAAGGCUGUGGUCAGUUGUAUUUUUACAUUCAGCUGACAGUAAAAUGGGAAAACAACAGUUUUGAAGAAGUCAUUGAACAACAGUGUGGAUUUCCCACAAAGAAACUCAGUAAAGUCGCUGGGAAGAAGCUGUUCAGUGAUCAGCAGGUUCAGGUGCACCCUAUCCUGGGCUUCCCAGAUCCCAGGGUUAACCAGAUCUCCCAGCAGGGGACCCAGGCACAUUGGACUCAGUUUGGGAAGACUUCUCGUAUAAUCCAGCAGCGGCAUACAGUUGAACUCAUCCCAGUCACCGAAGUCCACUUCCAGUGGAAAAACAAAGAGCACAGCUACUACGUGUAUGGCACUGAAAACAAAGUGUAUGCCCCGGAGUAUCCUGGCAAGAAGUGCAUCAUUAUGUGAAGUAAUUUAUCCAAGACAAAAAAAAGUGCAAAUACCGUCAAUUUGAAAAGAACAUAGAAGCUACUGCAUAUGUACUGUUUGCAUUUGACAAUGGACAAAGCGAAGGGGAGACAGGCUUUGUAGAAGUGGGAUGGGAAGGGGGAUUAAAGUGACAUGGAAGCUGAAGGAAUAGUAUCUUACAUUCUGUAUAGGUAGUAUACAACCCAAUGGCAUGAACAUUGGAUUCUCCAGUUUGAAGUAAACUGCUCCCCUCCUUCUUGUCUAUUCAGGUCCUCUCGCAUAUAUACUUCAUCCCAACCCAACUCCCCAACCCCCCCCUGCCCCACCACUCCAUCUGCCC